AUGGUGAUUGCAGCAUGUAUUUUGAAUUUUAAAAGAGCCCUUGGACUCCUUGUGUUAACACUGCUAGCUAUUUUUUUUUACUUUUGGGAUAUGCUUAUUGCAAAGUAUGAAGACACAAUUGUUAAGCUGUUUGCUUCACGAAGUGGAUUCUUCAAACGGUACUCUAAUCUGUUCAAAAUAGUACUGUAUGUGGCUUUAAUUGUAUUUGUUAUACUUUGGCUUGCACUGGACACAGCCAAGCAAGAUUCGAACCAGCUCAUUUCCUUUGUGGGACUUCUGUUGUUUAUUAUCCUCUUGUUCAUCUUCUCCAAAUAUCCAGAAAAGGUAAGAUGGAGAACUGUUUUCUGGGGCAUAGGCUUGCAGUUUAUUUUUGGACUCAUCAUUUUGCGAACAGAAGCCGGAUUCCACGCUUUUCAAUGGAUGGGAAAGCAAGUACAGAUUUUUUUGAAUUACACGGAUGCUGGUUCAAGAUUUUUAUUUGGUGAAGCGUACACAAACCACUUCUUUGCUUUUAAGGUUUUGCCAAUAGUAAUUUUCUUCAGCACAGUAAUUUCCAUAUUAUAUUAUCUUGGACUCCUACAGUGGCUCAUUUUGAAGAUUGGCUGGGUAAUGCAAAUUUCCAUGAACACAUCUCCCACAGAGUCAUUGGUGGCAGCAGGCAACAUAUUUGUGGGACAGACCGAGUCUCCACUGCUAAUUCGUCCAUAUAUAGUGGAUCUCACAAGGUCGGAAAUACAUUCUGUAAUGACUAGUGGAUUUGCUACCAUUGCAGGAUCCGUCCUGGGAGCAUAUAUUUCAUUUGGGGUUCCAGCUGCCCAUUUGUUAACUGCUUCAGUGAUGUCUGCUCCUGCUGCUCUGGCUGUUGCCAAACUGUUCUGGCCUGAAACAGAAACUCCAAAGAUAUCAACUAAGUCUAACCUCAAGUUGGAUAAAGGCAAAGCAACAAACAUCAUAGAAGCUGCCUGCUUAGGAGCAUUUACCUCAAUUGCUUUGGUAGCAAACAUUGCUGUCAACCUUAUUGCAUUUCUGGCACUCCUAGCAUUUCUUAAUGCUGUGCUCUCCUGGUUGGGAAACAUGUUUGAUGAGCCUGGGCUCAGCUUUGAGCUAAUUUGUUCCUAUGCCUUCAUGCCACUUGCCUUUAUGAUGGGAGUAGACUGGAAUGACAGCUUCAUGGUUGGUGAGCUCCUCGGAGUGAAAACUUUCUUCAAUGAAUUUGUAGCUUUUGAAAGGUUAUCUGUGCUGAUUGCCAGAAGAGUUGAAGGCAAACUUGAGUAUGUUGAUGGUAUGAAGCAGUAUUUGUCAAUACGUUCCGAAGCUAUUGCUACAUACGCCCUGUGUGGAUUUGCUAACUUUGGUUCUAUUGGUAUUGUGAUAGGAGGACUGUCAUCUUUGGCUCCACCAAGAUUGCAUGACAUAGCAAGUGUUAGUAUUAGGGCUUUCAUCGCUGGUACUGUCGCUAGUUUCAUGACUGCCUGCGUAGCAGGAAUAUUAUAUAGAUCACCCACAGACGUUUUUACUGCUUGUCCCACAUUUCUGAAGAAUUCUUUUAACAUUUCAAGUCUACCAAUGAAGAGUCCACUUCUCAUUAAUUGCUGCAUGAAUCUUUUCCACAGUACUAUUGUCAUUAGUCCCAUGAGUGUCAUCAUAGGAGGACAGUACACUAAUUCAUCACUUGAGGGUUGCUGCGAAAUGAUGAAUUCUCCCACAUUCAACUGCCAGAAGAUAAAUUAUUAA